AUCUAAAUGGAAAUACAAAACGUUAACCUGUAUUCAGAAAGAAGGCAGUAACUGCAAGUAUUUUAUAAAUAAUGUUGCCCUUGUAUUGAAAUGGAACAUUUUGGCUAAAAUAAGACAUAUAAUCAAAAAAGGCAAAGUUAAAGUCAAAUAUUACAAUGAAACAUCGAUAUUUGCUUUCAGUAAAAUAUUCGAAAACAGGCAAGUAAUGAUUCGUUGCAAUAUUAAAACAUCAUUUUGAACUAGACAAAAGGACGCAAAUAACUAAAUAAUAAAUACAAAACCACAAUUGAAGCAAAACAUAACACACAUAUACACAUACACACACACGCACACACCCACAGGAAAAAUGAUUCCACCGCAUUCGGCUGUAUCUUCCACCUUCAAAGGCUGCCCUUAAAAAUAAAGUAAAGUCAAUUAAAAAUCAAGGUCACAUACAUAUAUUUGUAAAGACAUUGACUUUAAAAUGAAGUUUUGCCAUUUAGAUGCUUUAACGCACAUGACGAAACGGCAUUAGUAAAAUUUGCAAUCGAUUAAAAUAUUUUUCAAACAAAUUUGAUCCAUGAGCGGGCCGGAUGGGGAAAAAUAAUUUUUUUAAAAGCCAAUUUUUUUUUUUUUUUUUUUUGUUAAUCAGAAUUAUACAAUGAGUUAAAAAUUCGCAAAUAAAAUGGACUAUGCGAGUUAUAAUUUUCUUCUUAAUGUUUUUUUACUCACAAAUCAAUCGCAUAAAUCACACGUUCUUUGAAAGUGUGCCUAGCUAAGUACACUUCAAAUAAUACUUUAUUCAUUAUGUUGUUUUGUGUAACAUCAUAUUACAAUAACAGUUUAAACAAACGCACAAUACCUAUUAUAUUUUAAUGAUAUCAGUUUCAAGAACUAGUUUAAAUGAAAACACACUGUAAUAAAAAUUAUUACGACGCAAAAGCUCUGGAAUAGGUUCAGGGUUAAAAAAUAAUGUAGAACAUAUAAUAUAAUAUUUUUAAUACAUAUUUUAUGCAAAAAAAAGCAAAUUUUAACCAGGAAAGUGUUGUUAAUAUGCAUGUAUUUUCAUACUGCGUUUGAUAAAGACAUUUUGCUAAUAAUUUAAAAAAUUCGGCCUACCUUGAAUUUCUCGAGAGCAAAACACGAAUCCUUAUUAUUUUAAUUCAGCCCAACAGAAAACUUGAUCUGGUAAAAGCUUACAUUUUUUAUGUUUAAAAUAAAACAGUUUAAAGAUGAUAACAAUGAUACGCUUUCAGGAGAUAUCUCGAGCAGUCUCUCUAAGUGACAUAUGGUUGGCAGAGAACAAUCAAUGCAAUUGAUGCAGCAAGAUAUAUUUUGUGCCUCAGCUAUAUUCGUUUUAAUAAAAACUCAACAGACAGUAUAAGCUUAUUUUCUGAUAACAACUGGUUUGGUUAUACAUUUAAACUAAAGUGCAAGCGUAGCCUUUUAUUCGCUUAAAAAUGUGUAGGACUGAAAGGUAUCUCAGAGAAUACCUACAACCGCCCACAUUUUCUUCUCAGAGCUCGGUUUAAUUUUAAAAAGCGUUUGUCUAUUUUUCACUCAUUUAAAUGACAGCCUACGCAUACUGCCCACAUUCUUACCCACUGAAUAGAUAGAUAGAUAGAUAGAUAGAUAGAUAGAUAGAUAGAUAGAUAGAUAGAUAGAUAGAUAGAUAGAUAGAUAGCGCACUUACUGUACACACCGGGACGCGUGAAACAGUCCUAUUUUAAGAGCUAUAAAGUAAAAGACGCAAAUAUUGUUAAUUUCACAAACGCCUCAGUUUGCUUCCUGUCUUCGUGGGAGCAUUAGAUCUAAGGGAGAGCAAGAAGCUGUAAAUGUGUUCUUAAGGCUAGAAGCUGUCAGACCGUUUGGCAAACAAGAUUGAUAGCACACAUGCUUCCUUGCUGCUUUGUUUGUAACAUAAGAAAAAAGACAAUUACCUUUACAAAAUUUAAAGUGAAUUAUUUUAUUAUGAAAUUUAAAAACAAUAGUUAUCUGCAGAUAAAAAUGUUUUUAAAAUCACUAUAGACAAUAUAUUGAAUAAGGGCAAAACCAUUUUAAUUACAUUUUUAUAAAUAUAAUCAAAAUAUUUCACAGAAAUGUUUUAAAAAGGAUUAUGUAUAUUCAAUUGGUUACAUUUCCCACAAUCUAAUCACGUACACUUUAUCCAAAAUAACAUUCAGCGCAAAAUUGUGCCUAUUAGCAAUGUAUAAAUGCAUUCAUUUUAUGUCCCUUUUUAAAACAUUGUGGUAAAAAGCAUGAAAACAGUCCUAUAUAAUUUAAGCCACACAAACACACACGUGUGUGUGUGCGUGUGUGAUUGCGUUUGCCCUCAGUUAUAAAUAUUUCCAUACAUUUAUUUUGCCGAUAUUAAAUAACAGUGUUUGCUGCCGUUCAAAUACGUAUUUUUGAUUAAUCAAAAUAAUAUUAUUAUGAGCAUUGAGUUAUUUAUUAGAAAUGUUAUAUAAUAUACAUAAAUUAGUAAACGUGAAGAAUUAAAAAAAUCUUCAGAAAUAAACGGCAAUGUUUGUCUGCAGCUUACAACUUAUACUGUACUGAACUGCGUAGUGCCGGUACGUACAUAGUGGCGAUUUUUUGAGUGGUAUAGUAACUUACAGUGCAAUACAGUGCUAAAUGAAAGAAUAUAAUAUAUUACAAAAUAAUACUAAUAUACAGUUUUUCACUAAGCCAACAAAGUGAUUACACCAUUAUUAAAUAAUGGCAAUGAAAAGUUCCAUGAAAACACACCACUAGCUUAAAGGUUCUCCUUGUGUGUAAAUCCUUAAGUAGUUGAUAUCUAGAGUUCCUUGUGUCAAAACUUUGAAGAUUAAUGGAUUACUUUGUUAAUGACUCCAGGCGUCAGAUUUAGGUACUGGAAUGAUUUGUGAUUUGGAAGUAGAGUAUUUGACAUACGCAGGCAGUUUUGAACGAAGAAAAUAAGGAAAUAAAGGGAAAAGAAUAAAAUAGGGUUGAUAUAAAAUAAAUAUACAUAUUUAUAUUUAACUGUAUACAUGGUGAUAAAAAAUAUAUCAACACGCGUAAACAAAAACAGAGCUAUCCCAAAACGAGGCGUUCCACAGCGAGUUUUUGGAUCAAUCACGCAGACAGUGCCUUCUUUUGAUUAAAGCCCAAAUUGUCAUUGGGCAGAAGUAAUCAUGUGACAACCAAUUCGGUCCAAUUUCAACCUUGUCUCCAUGAAUUCAAUAGUUUAAUAGUAGCGCGGUCCCCAUACGGCUGUAAUCAGUGAAAUAGAAAAAAAAACCCUAGCAGCGAUUUUUAUGAUUUUUUUUUUCCUGGUUCGGGCCACAAAACAUAAAUAAGAGCGAAGUUUCCAAAAAAGCUCUGAGGAGAAGGAAAUGAAUUACGAAUUUGAGCGCGAGUCUGGUUUUAUCAAUAGUCAGCCUUCGCUCGCUGAGUGCCUGACAUCCUUUCCCCCUGUCGGUGAUACAUUUCAAAGUUCAUCAAUCAAGAACUCGACGCUUUCACACUCGACACUCAUUCCUCCUCCCUUUGAGCAGACUAUUCCUAGCCUAAAUCCAGGCAGCCAUCCUCGCCACAACCGGCCAAAACAGAGCCCCAAUGGCAACAGUCCGUUACCGGCUGCCUCUCUUCCUCCGGAGUAUCCAUGGAUGAAAGAGAAAAAAGCGUCCAAGAAAAAUCACCUGCCGACCGCUACAUCUACUGCAACAGCAACCGCGACUGGACAACUUUGCUUUCCACCGAAAGAUUCUCCGGAAAUCCAGGACAACACAAGUGGGGGAUCCAGAAGACUUCGAACAGCAUAUACUAACACUCAGCUUUUAGAGCUGGAGAAGGAAUUUCAUUUCAACAAGUAUCUGUGCAGACCCAGGCGUGUGGAAAUUGCUGCUUUGUUAGAUUUAACCGAGAGACAAGUUAAAGUAUGGUUUCAAAAUCGGAGGAUGAAGCACAAAAGACAAACACAGUGCAAAGAAAAUCACAACACGGAGGGCAAAUUUAAGAACUUAGAGGACGGCGUAAACAGCGAAGAGGAAAAGACGCUUUUCGAGCAAACAAUUAACAAUGUGUCGGGGGCUCUUUUAGAAAAAGAAGGUUACACAUUUCAACAAAACUCUCUAACUCCUCAACAGGCGCAGAAUACGCACAAUGGAGAGCCCCAAAGUUUUACUGUGUCGCCUUUAACUAGCAAUGAGAAAAAUGUAAAACAUUUUCAGCACCCAUCACCCACUGUUCAGAACUGCCUGUCAACAAUGGCCCAGAACUGCGCAGCUGGCCUGAACAAUGCCAGUCCCGAGGCCUUGGAUGUUUCUUCUCUCCAGGAUUUUAGCGUAUUCUCUACAGACUCUUGUCUAAAUCUUUCUGAAGCAGUUUCUCCAAGUUUGCCAGACUCUCUUGAUAGCGCUGUAGAUAUUUCUACAGACAGUUUUGACUUUUUCACAGAUUCACUCACAACGAUCGAUUUGCAACAUCUGAACUAUUGAAAGAGUGUAUGUGUGUGUGUGUAUGUGUGUGUGUGUGUGUGUGU